AUGGUUGCAGGCGACUUUACGCUGGCAGUUGCCGCCGUUUUGAUCGUCUUCAUGAUCGUAUAUGUGCACGUCAGCUCCAGCUUCCUGGCCUGUGUCACGAUGUAUCAGAUCAUUAUGUCGCUUCCGGUGGGCGCCCUGUUCUACCGUCGCUUGUUCUUGAUCGAUUUUUUCGACUUCGUUCAUAUUUUGGUCGUCUAUCUCGUCCUCGGCAUCGGGGCGGACGACGUCUUCGUGCUUGUCGACACGUUCCGCCACCUGUCAGAUGAGCAUCUGCCAGCCGACGGCGGCCUUCACAGCGACGAGGAACUCGCCGCGCUGUUGCAGUCCACCCUCGUUCGCAGCGGCCAGGCCAUAUUCAGCACGUCGUUCACCACCACCGUGGCGUUUCUUUCUCAGUCGGUGUCUGACAUCAUGCCUCUGAGGACUUGCGGUUACUACGCAGCGACCUGCAUCAUCAUGAACUAUUUGUUCACCAUGCUCUUCACGCCGUCAGCCCUAAUCAUAUAUCACAAGCGUUUAGAGGGCAAGAGAUGCUGCUGUCCCUCGCCUACGCUGCGCCAGGAGCCGCUCCCGGGAGGUGAGAGAGUCGGCCGCCGUUCUAAGUCCUUGGCCAAAGACGGGUGUAUGAAAUGGCUCUUGGAGACCAUCUACAUUCCAGCGAUGCGCAAGCAGGUUUGCGGCGUCCGCGUCUUUGCCCUGGGCGUCGUCGCAGUCAUGAUGGCGACGGCAGCCCAGGGCUUCUGCUUCGCGCUGCAGCUGACGCCGCCGACCAAGGCGGAGACCUGGCUCCCCAAGGACCACAUGCACUGGGGCGUCUCGGAGUUCUGGUCCAACCACUUCUACGAGGGGGGUCACGCGGGGUACUCAGUCAUCACCUUCACGUGGGGCAUCGAAGGAGCAGACACAGCCGGCUUCGAGCCCUACAGGCCAAGCAAGAACCCCCCAACGGCCAAGUUCGACCCAUCGUUCGACAUCACCACGGCCGAGGCGCAGGCCGAAAUCCUUGACGUGUGCGCAAAGAUGCAGACCCUGGCUUGCGACCUAGAGGGCUGCGAGGGCUACGGGCAUACACUGAUGAUGAGUUCCACCUCCAAGGCGUACUCCUGCUUCCUCGAAGAUAUGCAGCAGUACCGGGUGGACGUGAUGGGCAGGCCGUCCAGCGAGCCCUUGCCGACAGGGGCCGGUUUUCUGGAAGAGCUCCAGCAGUUCGUCCAGGCAGACCCGUCGGUUCAAUACUCCUCGAAGGUGUGCCGAGCAGACUACGGUUACGAUGUGGGGUUCAUCGACGGGCAGCUGAAAUACGUGUCCGUAAAGUUGCGGUCACGAUUGGCUCUCAGUACGCCGUACUCCUCGGGCAUAGAAGUCCGUGACAUGAUUCAGGAUUUUGUUCGGGGCAGGCAGGGCGGCGCGCCCAGCGGACUGAAGAGCAUGAGGUUCAACGCCGGCGGCAUGUUUUCCUUUUACGACUCCGCUGCCCAAAUGGUGAUGGCUCUAUUCAGUGGCAUCUCCAUAGCGUUUCCACUUGCGUUUGUCGCGCUUCUGGUUUCGACCCGCAACUGGAUCGUCUCCGUUUACGCUGUGAGCUGCGUGGGCGGCAUCGUGGCUUGCGUCCUCGGCUUCUGCAAGAGCGCCAUGGGCUGGGGCUUGGGCAUCGCCGAAGCAGUUGCAGGUGUCAUUGUUAUCGGCUACUCGGUGGACUACGUUGUUCACCUUGCGCACGUCUACUGUGAGGCUUCCAAGAAAGGUCACCAGACAAGAGACGCGCGAGCCACUUUCGCGGUGCGAAACAUGGGCUCCACCAUCUUUGCUGGCGCGGUGACCACGGCCGGCUCUGCAUUUGUCAUGUUCUUUUGUGGCGGAUUUCACGUUCUUCAACAAGAUGGCGACGCUGAUUUGCAUCACGAUCAUGUACUCGUUCUUGUUCUCGAUGGGGCUCUUCACCGGCCUUCUAUGGCUAAUAGGCCCGCAGGGAACAUGUGGUGA